AUGUUUGGUUUGUUUGGUUGGCUAAAAGAUGUUCCCACCACAGAACGAGUUCAAAAACUCUUAGAAGCUUAUCCAUGCUUUGAAGAUUAUGUAGAGGUAAAUGUGAAAAUUAUUUACUUCAAGUUUGGAAAAGGGAAAAUCCAAUAGAUGUUUUAUUUUUCUUGAUAAUUAUUUUUUACAGAUUAUUGAGAAAGCCAGGAGAAUUUUGUGGGUCGAAAGUACCAUGGGCAGCCCAGAUAGGUGUGUUGAUUUUAUUCUAGUUUCUGAAAGUGAAAUAGCUUUAAACACUCACAUGUGAAAUUAUCACAGUCACGAGAUGCUCAUGUGGGUGUUGUCAUCACCAGGACUCUCAUUUGUAUGGAAAUUUUCUUAAACUGAAGAAAUUUUGACCUUUUUAAGGAGACGUUUAAGGAAAUAGAAUUUUUAAGGAAUUUUGAGUUGAAAAAUACACUCCAAACGGUAAUUAGCUAUUACACUGUUUGUUAUACUUAUAAGUUAUAUCCAUCGACCUGAUGAAGUUUUUGGCAGUAGUAUAUACUGAAAUCGCUGAUCAUCUUCAAUUUUAUUGUUCGUACUAAGAGUGUGAGUGACACUGACUUGCUGUGUCUUUGAAGUACAGUUUUCAAACACGAAAUUUUUUGCAGCAAACUCUGCAUGAUGGUUCGUCAUUCGUGUUUUUUGGUGCAACAAUGUUCAAAAGCAGGAUAUUUUGUCCAUUCCGCUCGAAAUUUUUGUUUAUACUUUUUUUUAAAUCAGUUUAUUCAUUUUUGGAACGCUUCCCUCUGAUUCAUAAUCAGAAAAUUCAGAAUCUGCCAUUUUCCGAUGUAAAAAAGUUAUUUAUAUAUUUUCGCGCCAAUUGUGCAUAUGAUUGCGCACCACUGGAGUGUUCCCCGGAACCUAGGGCAAGUCUAAGGAAAUUUUUGUCGAUUUAAGUAAUUUUUACCACUGAGUUUAAGGAAAAUCUGGAAUUCCAUUCUGAAAGCCCUGGUAUUAAAUUACGUAUAGAUUAAAUAUAUAUACAGAUUAUAUUAAGUAAUGUAGGCUAUAUUGCUUAAGAGAAAUUUGUUUCUAUGUCUGCAUUUCGAUAGAACUCAGGUGCAUUAAUGCCUGGCUCCAAAUUCAUAAGGAGUGGGAAAAUAGGAAAAUUAACAAAGUACACUAUGACCCUCAUUUGUGGGUGAGUGUUGGAAAUCAACUGCCAAUAUUUUUCAAUUAUUUGGUUUCCAUAGAAACUGGUCUCGUAACAAGAUAUUACCCAUAUACUGCAAUUUACUAAUUAGAAACUUAAAGAUUAUGCCACAGAUAUGAAAAUGUUGCUGUGAAUACAAUAAUGUCUCGCACAAUGUCAAUAUAAUUUGCACUAAAAUGAUUGUUCCAGAUAACAAUGCUUACAAGUCUAAUUGUAGGACCAAAGUUAGCUGUACUCUAGACAAAAUCUACUUAUUAACGAAACACAUUAAUGGUGUCUUAUGUGCCCGCAAGUCCAAUGCGUUUUUCGUGUGAUGAAUUCACGCAUGCCAUGAUCAUUAUAAUAUAGGCCCCUGCUGUGAAACAAAAUAUUAUGAAAUACAAAUAUAAAAAGUAAGUAUUACCAUUUGCAACUAGUAAGUAGGUGCAUUCAAAUAAUAUGCAAGGAACAGAGAGAAUAAUAUAUACAGAAGUACAAUAUGAUAAGUACAUAUGUUUGUUUAUAUAUUUAGCAGAAUAUUCGACACUUGUCUGAGUCUUUAUAUGAUAUAAUAUAUUAUACAACGGCCAAUUUCAGAAGAAAAACUAACAGUUUACCCAUCCCUGCUGGUUGCUAUAGUGUAACAUAAUCCUACAGCUCAUAUUUAUUGUAUUUCAGUUUCAUUCGAACACCAAAACGCACUCAAAUGGCAACACGCUAGAUAUAUUUAAUCGCGCCAAGCAUUAAUCGUCCUGAGAAGUUCACUUCUUGAAUUUAAAGAACAAAGUUCAGGGUGGUAGAUUAUAAUGAAUUUUUCAGUAUAAAGACUGCAGCGUUUCGUUGUGUUGUUGUAGCUCUUGCAUUGCUUAAUAAUACGCCAGUUUAUGGAGUACUUGACCUUUGACUCUUUAAGUUGCCAGAUGUAUUUGCUCCGCUCUGUCGCAUUUCUAUACUUGCUUAAUCUGAACGAGCUAGCAUGGCAAUAAUAUCUGGAUUUGAACUCUCCUUCAGUAUGUCCGACAUACAAUUCCUUUUGAACUACAUCUACAUAGUCUACCCAUUACCGGCACAAGAACAUUUUGUACUCAAAGGCUGUUUAAGUACAAACGACAACAACUGGUGACAGAAUCUGCAUCGAAAGUAAACCUUCCGAAGAGAAUUAUUACACGGCAAGCAGCAAAGGCCCAAGCUGAAUUAGCGACGGUGCAAAAUCUCGAAGGCUCUUUUGACACAGUUCGCCACACAAGAAGCAUUAAAUAUACCAAGUGAACAAGAAGCAUCAUCAAACAAAACACUCGAAGCGAAGGUCAACGGAGCAAAACUAUAUACAGAAGAAAUCGACCAACGCGUAGAACAAAUACUAGACACACGACUAACUAAACAUUUAGCCGAAUGGCAAGAACAGUUUUUGCAUGAAACAAAAAAACUUUAUCAAAGGUCCUUUUUCAUUGCUGCAACAUGUUAUCAAUACAAAUUUCCAAUAUUUUGUUCUCUCAAGGAUAGUAUGGCACCAAUAUAAGUAUUGUGAUACCCACAAAAAAAAACACUCAAAUCAUGAUUAGCAAAAUGUCUUUAUUUCUACAGUUACUACAUACAUUCUUAGAUAAUCAUUACACCAUUGACUUUAGUUAUUAGUGGCAUAACCAGCCUCAAAAUUUGGUCAUGCUAUUCAAAUUUGAAAUAAUCACUACUCAUAUGUUUAGAAAUUGAUUGUUUUCACAAUCUAGAACAUGAAAAUAUUUGCAAAUAGCAUGGCCAAGUAGUGUUGUUGGGCUGGCAUCAUCAUAAUUAGUAGUUAUAAAAAAGUAAUGUUUUCCAAGGCAAUAAUGUUUUCCAAGGCAGUAAUGUUUGCCAAAGCACAUAAUUGGAUUAUGUGGUGAAUAUAUUUCCUUUAUAUUGUACCACAAAAGACCUAAGACUGUAACCAAACUGAUAUUAGAUCACCACGUCAUACCCAAAUCCGUUGUGACGAAUAUCUGGACUUCUUCCUGUAUAAAUUUCAAAGUCGCAAUAUAACCAUUAAGAUUGUCUGCAGCAACCCACAGCUUUACCCCCACAUAGUAGGUCACCUAGCUUUCAUGAACUGCCUAAUCCCCAACCUAUUUCUUGAUUUGACAGUGUGUUUGUCAACAACAAUAUCCUGUGACAGCUGGUACAGUUGUUGAUGCAGUUUAUUGCUGUAGUCUUUAGUACAGGAUCUACCAUAUUCACAAAUGCCAUAAGCGCUUUGUACCGAACCCGAGAAAUUAUUUCUAUUGCCCACAGACCAUGAUAUAAGGUUUUUACACUCCAAUAAUUUCCAAUCUCACUGUCGACCUUUAGCAAAACUGCAUAUACUAAAAGGCAAUCAACCUCUCAAGGUUGGUGGACUGCAAGACCCUUCUUUAUUAGUAUAUGAGGAUGACUUUUGAGUUAUUUGUAUGUGGGCACAUGUAUUGGUAUGGCCAGGAAACUACCUCCUGAAGCAUUCUCUUGGUAAGAAAGAGCUGAAUGAACUCAAGGUCACAGUUCAUACUUCAGGUGAAAGCUUGAUCGAAAUGGAUCCCGGACAUGUCAGUGAGGAGCAAAAUCUGGAAGAAUAUUCCUAGCGUCAGGAUUAUCAUAUCCGUCAUGUACUAUGGGGCCUAGUGGGGAUGCUAGACAGGGAGCUUUUGAAACCUUGGGUCCUAAUGCCUGGGCUUCCCUCUACCUCUACUCAUCUCCCUACCUUCCCUCUGGGUUGGGGAGUGGGGUUCUAUGACUCAUCAGAACUCUACUUCCCUGAGGCUAUGAAACAGGAACAGCAGAUAGGAACAGGAUCAAUGUAUUCGUCAGUGCAAAUAAAAACUUUUUUAUAGACAUGGUGCCACUUAAGAUUAUAAUAAGAGCCAAACUAGUAAGAUAUAAGUAUGACUACUUGGCUAUUAUGUAUGUAACAAACAACCAAACAUGUGCUCAAGGCUCAUUUUACUUUACCUAGGAAUCAGAGAUUUUUUUUAUGCCUAAAACACCAUAAAUUUUAGUCAACAAUAUAAAUAAAUACCAUUUAUAUUUGUCAAUUUCAAUGUGAAAGGAUUAUUUCAACACAAAAAAGUGAUGAGGACAUACUUGGUCGUACUAGUGAAGCUAUACAAAAUACAAAUAAAUUUACAACGCCAUGGCAACGGCAAAACAUUGAAAUAGAAAUUGUCUAGAAAUUAUACAAAUACUUGCCUUGAAACUCCAGACACGACUCCCAAUGCCAGGUUGAGAUACUUGUCUUCAUACGAAGACAUUCCAUCAUUACUAGCACUAUCAGUUUGCAAAAUAAAGCCAAGAACGUCUUCACAAUGCGAUUCAAACAACACAAUACAUUACAACGCUUGUGCAUUCUUGUGCGCGAUAAUCAGGAAAAUUGCUCUAAAAGGUUUGUUUUUCUGCCUAAGCCAAUCAAAAUCCGUAUCUAGGGUAAACAAACACUCUGGAAGUGAUUCCUGCAGUCUUUUACCAGGAAACUGUAAUGCUUUACCAAGAACUUGGCAUCCGAAGUUCGCCGAACACUUUCCGAUCACGAGAAUCGCCAUCAUAGGUUUAGAUUAUUUUGCAAUUUCCCGAGACUGCUCCGAGGAGCUAUAGAAUGGAAGAUGGCGAUUCUUUUGGUAUAUUUGUUAUUAUUAUAUGUUGAAAAGAAGCAAAGAUACAAGCAUUUGAAUCAGGCGGAACAUUCAAAAUGCAACAGCAAAAUUGAUAGAUAAUGCGUCAUUUGUAUAAAUUUCACCGCAUUGAUCAUUUCAGGGUAAGAAAUUCGCUUGAAAUUGAGCGAGAAGCAAUAAAGUUAUAUGAAUAUUUCUGAAUAUAUAGUGUCGAUCAAGCAGAAUUUUUUGGUGGUAUUUUCGUAUUUCUACUGCAAAUACUCGCGAAGUUCUUUAAUAUUUUUAAUCUUCCCGUCAUAUACGUCGGAAAUUAAUAUUGGAGGAUUGAAUUGAGUUAAAAGUGUUCAAAUUUCAUCUAUUUUUUCCCGGUUUGUACAAAAAUUUAAAAACAAUUAUCGUGUUGCCAUGACUAUAAACAUGCGAGCCUGCGUUCAGUGUUGGCGUAAUUUACGAAUACUUCAUGUUAAAACAAUGUUUGGAAAAUAUAGGCGAGGGGUUGUUUGCAUGCAUGUAUUUCUAGUACAAUGCUAAGAGCUUGAAAAUUCUGCUCAACUAUGUAAUUUUUGUUAGUCUUGUUUAAGGUAAAUACUUUUCCAUUUAAAAAUAAAGAUAAAAGCCAUGUUUUCCAUGCAAAGGCAACUUUUUAUUUUGUGUAGCACGUCUCCAUGUUUGUUUUGUUUUGAAGCAAUCUGUGACCGUUACUUCUUUAAACUAAAUUGCUUUAAUUGGUUUAUUUAAUCAUCACAAUGUUUUUCCACCAAUCAGAUCAGUUUGUUACAGAGUUUUGCACUGUGGUUGCAGAAAAUUGCACUGUGAUAACAAAAAAUUGCACUGCUGUUUGGGAUUAACUGCACUGAAAUCAACCAAUUACAGUCAAGUAAUAUCUUUAUGUAUAUUAUUAUAGUGGUAAUACACUAUCUGACUUAACUGAUCAUUCCUAAUUUUUUUUAUCAUUAACAAAAUCUGUAAUGUGACAACUAAAACUAAAAUCUAUAGGAGAGACUAUACAAACUUGAAUGAAUCAAAACUGAUUAAUGAGAUGACAUCAAUAGACUGGGAGGAGACUUUUUAUUUAUUACUCAAAGUUUCAGAGGUUGUUGAUAGGCAUGUUCCUUUGAAGAAAUUAACAAGAAAAAGAGACAAAGUUCAAUAUAAAACCCUGGAUGACCCCAUCACUAAAGGUAUCAAUUCGGAAAAAAAUAUCCUAUUUAAGAAGCAUUUACAAAAUGGAAGUGCAUAUCAUAUAUUCAAAUAUAGAACAUACCAUAAUAAACUGAGCAAGUUGUUAAUAGCAAGAGGUCUGGUCAGGAAUUAGAGAGAUAGUUAUUAAUAAAAAUGGCAUACAAGGAGUUCCAACUAAAUUGAUUAAAGAUGGUUUAGAGAUAAAGGGAAAUACAUUUAAUAAAUACUUUUCAACAAUAUGUAUAAAUGUGGCUAAUUCUAUUACUCCUGUAAGUGAAUCCCCUCUGGAAUAUAGCCCUGAAAGUUUUUUCUUUCUCCAGUAACUUCUCAAGAAAUUGAAUUAGAAAUUUUGAACUUAAAUAUCUCGAAAACCACAGGACGCUAUAGUAUUCCAACCAAUCCGCUAAAAAGCUUAAGUUGUUAUUACAGGAACUACCUGCGCUAUUUUAAAUUUUCCUGUAGAAAAGUACAAUUAAAAGGUACAGUUCCCUUAGAAAAAGAGCAAUUAUACAAAAUCGCCAGAUUUGUUUGAAUUUCACACAUUUUUGCGGAUGACUUGCAAACUUAUCAGAACUUGAACUAUUGAUUAACUCUUUACUGUUCGACGAUAAAUUUCAUAUUUUUCAUUCAAUUGCCUUCCAAUGUAAAUAUCUCAACGAGUAUUUAUGCUGUCAUAUAACAUUACACACCAAAACAAUUGUGUAUUUUACUCACCACUUGGCCAAAUAUUCUGUUUUCAUAUCGAGAAAAUCUUGAAUAUCUCUUGAACUCCUCGGAAUUCCCCACAAGUCAAUCUGAGUGAAAUAUUAUUUGUAUUCAAGUGCUUUCGUGUUUUGUUGUUGAUAUUACCGAUAUCUAAGUGUAUCUUAACAUUAUAAAAAUGCGUCUGUAUAGUUGAGCUUGGAUAACCAGAUUUUGGAGAGGACUGGUUAUCGCGACCUGGUGCCCAUGGCCGAAAAGAGAAAUUCUAUGAAGGAGGAGAUGCAGCAUAAAGAUAUGAAAAGGAAGAGAGCACGGCUGGAAAUGCCGGAGGGAAGUGCAUGGCUGGAAAUGCCGGGGGAAGUUAUUUUGAUCGGUGCAUUUUGAACAAAUUUGAGUUUGCGUUUUAUCAUAAAAAAUAUAUAGCUAUAGCUUAUAUCUAUCAUAAAAAAUAUAUAGCUAUAUCUAUAACUUUUGUAAUGUUUUGAUUGUAGUGUGUGUAAAAGCAGUAAUUAUAGUCUGUGCAUUUCUGCAUCAGGUUUUAUCUGUAUAAAACCCACACGGUGGGGAUUUUUUCCUGCAAAAUCGCUCAUUCAUUACCAGUCCUCUUAUUAAUUAUUUAGUGCGCGGAGAAGAAGCGUGGAAUUUGAUAUCAACACGCUCCAAACCCAUCGGUUUUUCGUAUUUUGCCGUUUAUUUCCGUAAGACUGUCGUUUUCUCUGACUACAAGCAGAGAGAUUGAGUCUUUCUUGUACGAUUGUUGUAUGAGACCAGAAACGACAAAAGCUUUGGGAUGAAUAUCAGCUUUGUUUAUUGUUCGUGGUAAGUCACAACAUUACGAAAAAUUUGUAGCGUACCUUAAAAUAAAAUGAUGUUUUCUCGUUCAUCGCUUAAGUAGCUGAAAAUUUAAAAUGAGGGCUUUGUUUGCCAGUAUUUCAAGAUCAUAUUCAUACAUAAUUCAUAAGAUUUGGUUUUAUUUGCAGGAAUUUACACGAGGGACUUUCUCGAGAAUUUUAAACUUAUGGCCAUGCAAGCACUUCGAUAUUGGCGCGUGGUCUAAAGAGCAGAAACGACUAAAGCAAAAGUCACUCGAACUAAACAAUACCAUAGCUGGAUUAAAUGAAGAUAUCGCAUCAAAGGAACAGGCCAUCAAAGACCUAAAACAAAAGGUGAGCUGGCGUUCGUCGGAAUGAUUAAUCUUGACUUGAAUGUCUAAAGUGUCCAUUACUCUAUUCUAGGUAUUAAACCCUGUAUAAGAAGGUUUUAUUGUGCAGCUAUGUGUGUCAUGCAAAGUUAACAACACUUCUCCUAUAGAUUUUAUUUGCUCCAGUGUGACAAAAAUAUAAAAUUAUGUCAAUGCUUUGACCAUGGUAGCUUGUUCAAAAGCUGAUGCAAGGUCAUGCUGCAAGGGUCUUCCCCAGAUGAGUAUAUUGCAAAUAAUUUUGUCUCCCCUUGUAUUGGCAAUGGAAAUUCUUUAGUGUUAGCAACAGUAAAUAACAAAUAAGGCUAAACAUGAGGCAUUGGGCCUAAUGGGUUUACUGAGAAAACCAGACAUUGGCAGACAUUUUUGUUAGCCAUUAACCCAUUAAUUGCCAGCGCUCUCCCUUUGAUGAGUAAAAUCGUCUGCCAUUGGACACCGUAAAACAAUUAAAGUAGGGCGCAUCGGGUCGCAAUGCAACCCAAUGGGUUAAGGUUCAACUGUCUUUGCUAAACAAGGAAAAGUGGAUAAAGUGAAGUAGCAAAUAUAGUAGGGCAAACUGGCCAAGGUACCAUUGUGCCAGAUUUGUCUCAUAGAAAAUAUUAAAUAUGUAUGUAUGUAAAAAUCUUCUGCCUUUCUUAUAGAGGGGUUCAUUACUGAAUAAACAAGUGAAACUUCCCCGCACAUCUUCUAUAAAAAAGCCAUCAUUUUGCACCCCGUCAAACAGUGAGAAGCUUGACCUACCUCAAAGUGUUGCCAGAAAGAGGAGAAAGUUAAUGUUUACCAAUGCUGUGGCGGUAAAUGCCCCAUCAUCUGACAACGCUGAAUCCAAAAGAGAAUACGCAUUAAAUGGUUUGUGGAAUACUUUCAUAAAUACUGCCAGUGAAUAUGAAGUGAAGCAAUACCUAUUAAAUUCUUCUAAAGUUAUGAAAAAGGUCCUACCAACCAUUGUCAAUACUGCUGUGAAUAGGUAUGAACUUGGCCAAAGCAACCUUGUUCGAUCUGUAGCAGUACUCUAUGAAGGUGGGAUAUCAAGCAAAAGCCAAUACAAUAGAAAACGAAGCAAAGAGAUCUUUGAAAUUGAUGAACGUGGAAGAAACACCAGGUCAAAUAUAUGGAUAAAUGCAAAAUUCCUAAGCUUGCUGACUACAAAACUGUUAUGAGGUUUGUAAAUAGUGUUGAUAUUGGUGAGUUACGUGAUAUUCCCAGGGCAAAGAAGACCAAGUUUGACAAAGGAGUGAAUCAAAUGGACGAUGAAGAUAAUGAGGGUGAUUUACAUCCCCCUGUUUCUGGAUGUUUCAGGGACUUAGAGUGCUUUCUUAUUAAAUUAGCUAAAUUGUAUCUAGUUAUUAACCAGAAACGCCCAGGCUAUUUAAAUUGGUUUGGGCUCCCAGUCGGUUCUUUUCAGGUUGCAAUAGGUGCCGACGGUGCCCCUUUUGGUAAGUAUAACCAAGCAACAGCAUGGUGUGUGUCCUUUUUGAAUGUUGUAGAUAGAAUUACCAGUUGCAAUGAAAACCAUUUGAUUUGUGGGGCCAACUGCUCAGAAGAGCAUCCUUCAAUGGUUGAGUAUGGCAAACUAAUAAGGAAAGAUAUUGAAAGAAUUGAAAAAAAAAGUUUAUGUUUUUGACGGGAUAAGUAAUUUCUUUUGCAUUAGCACCAUCGGACAUGAAAUGGCUAGCCUUUAUAUCGGGAGAAUUGCCAAAUUCUGCAAGGUAUUUUCUGUCCUUUGCAAAUGUAUCAAAAGAUGACAUUGCAAAG